AUGAGCGACGGCGAGACGUCGUUUGAUUGGCUGCUGGGCUGGCUCGCGCCCUUUCAGUUGGGUGUACCCGGCGAGCUGUGUCGCAACGAUGGUCGGGCUUACCUGCGCGCGCUGCUGAGUCGGGCGCCAGCUGGCUGGGCGCUGCGCAUGGCCGACGCCUCAGGAAGGCUGCCGGACGGCGUGCUGUUCGGCAGCCUGAACCUGCUGGGCGCCUGGGACAAGUGUCUGGCUGUGCAGGCGGCGCUGAACGCCUCGCGUGGCCCGCAGUCGUCCGCGCGCGGCUUCUCUGGCCGGCUCUGCGCGGCCGCGGUUGUGCCGGAUGCCAGCAGCGCGUCUGCGCCCAGCAGGACGGGCCAGCGGCAGGCACCGGCACUGCCCACGCUGGCCGACCUCCUGCCGGGCGCCGUGCGCUACGCUUAUUGCGUGCCCUCGUCGUGUUGCGCGCACGACGUGCGCAUCUCGCUGGGCCUGCUGCUGAAAGGCAAUGGGCUGCGCGUCGUUGUCGGCGAGUGUCAAGCCCGCGACGACGCGCCGGUGCUCGACGGCGGCGACUGGGCAGCCGUCGCCUUUCUGACGCUGACGGGACUUGUAGUGCUCGGCUGCACGGCGGUCAAUAUGGCUGCUACGCACGAGGAGCGCGCCCGGGCACUGCUCGUGUACAGAGGCGCGCCGUUGCCACCCGACUGGCGGACGGUGUGCGUACGCGCGUUCUCGCUGUAUCGCAACGUGCGACGUCUGCUGAGCGUGCAGACGGCGCCGGACAACAUCGGCUGCCCACACGGCCUGCGCUUCAUCUCCAUGACCUGGGCCAUCCUCGGUCACACGUACAUCGUCAACUUCCUGCUGCUGCCGCUCAGUAACAUGGGUGCGCUGCCGGAGGUCACUCGGCCGCUGCCGUUCCAGGCCAUCAUGAACGCGCCCCCUGCCGUUGACACGUUUCUGCUGCUCAGCGGCGCAAUGUUCUACUACUCACUGAUGAACGCGCGGCGCGCUGGCCGCGGGAUCGGCGUGCGCGAGGUGCUCAGCACGUACCUGCACCGGUAUCUGCGCCUGACGCCGCUGUACGCGGUGGUGGUGUGGCUGACGGCCACGCUGCGGCGCCACAUCGGCCGCGGCUCCUUCACCGCGCUCUUUUUCGGAAUGUUCGGCGUCACCGGGUGCCGGCGCUACUGGCGGUGCAACCCGCUCUACAUCAACAACCUGUACCCCAACGGCGAGGCGGUGUGUAUCGACCAGGCCUGGUACGCGGGGCUUGACUUUCAGAUGUUCGUGGUGGCACCGCUACUAGUUCUGCCGUUUUUGUGGAACCGGCGUCCCGGCGCCGCCUGGCUGACGCUCUAG